CGACGAGGACAUGGCGCAGCUGCGGCGUCAGAGCACCGAGCAGCACGAACCGUCCGGUCCCCGCUAACAUUUACACCGAGACCCAGCGCCCCAUAACGGUCACAGUUCCUGCAGAGAUGCCGGGCAUGAUGGAUAAAGGCUCGGAGUAUUUAGGGAAAGGGCGCUCGAACGGCACCAAGAGUCCGUCCAACGCCUCUAACGGACAUUUUUCCGACGAAAGCGGCAGCGACGACGAACACGAUGUGGGAAUGCGAGUUGGAGCCGACUACCAGGCAAACAUUCCCGAGUUUGAUCCGGUUUCCACCAAGUAUCCAGAGAAAGACAGCGGGGGGAUGCUGGUCUGGUCUCCAUAUCACUCUAUUGUUGACGCCAAAUUGGAUGAAUACAUCUCUAUCGCUAAGGAGAAACACGGAUACAACUUGGAGCAGUUACCAGACAAAUCCAUCUCAAGUUUGGUGAAAUAUUAUUAUUCAUGGAAGAAGACACGAUCCAGAACAAGCCUGAUGGACAGACAGGCCCGAAAAUUGGCCACCAGGAGCAACCAGGAUGACAGUGACGAGGAAAUGGAGGAUGCCAUUCCCAUCGAAGCAAAUGACAGCGACUAUGAUCCCAACAAAGAAGCCAAGAAAGAGAACCAGACCGAGUCACCUGUGCCAGGCACAAAACUUGCUUUAGGUCGGCGUGAGCACCAGACCCUGCAGCACCGACACCACCAGCGCUCCCGCUGCCGUCCCCCUAAAGGCAUGUACUUAACCCAGGAAGAUGUGGUGGCGGUGUCCUGCAGCGCCUCUGCAGCCAACACCUUGCUUCGUCAGCUGGACAUGGAGCUCGUGUCCCUUAAGAGACAGGUCCAAAAUGCUAAACAGAUGAACAGUGGACUGAAACACAUGUUGGAGUCUGGAAUUGAAGAGUUCAAACUGACUGAGUCUAACCAGAAGGUUAAUGCUCGUUGGACCACAGAUGAGCAACUUCUGGCUGUUCAAGCCUUCUAUGGCAGUGGCUCUUAA